GUGACUAGUACUUCCGACCAAGACCAAGUUAACUUGUAGUGCUUCUUCUUGGCACCAUCAACCAUGUUCCCCACCCCCCCAAUCCUAGCCUCAGCACUAGCCAAAAUCUCCACUCCCUUCCGCCGCUCCCAACUCGGUCUCUUCCACGGCAAAACCAAACAAUACGGAAACAAUGUCCCGCACUCAAAACACAAAACCCGACGUACAUGGCUUCCUAAUGUUCACACCAAACGCUUGACAUCGGAUGCAUUGGGGCGGGAUGUAAAAGUAAAGCUUACGACGCGUGCGCUUAAGAGUAUUAAUAAGCAUGGCGGCGUUGAUAAUUACCUCCUGCGGACAAAACCCGAUUUGUUAGGUAUCGAGGGGAUGCGUCUCAGGAUCUUGGUACGCGAACAGCUAGACGUCAAACGUGUCGAAGAGGAGGCUUUGGCACAAGCAGAAGCGAAGAUCCAGCUCGAGAAAGAGAUGAAAGAGGCAAAACAGAGACGCAGAGCGAAAGUCGCACAUGCGCAGAAAUCGAAGGAAGCGAGGUUGAACAUCUCUCAGGGGAUAUUUGGGUCGGGACCGACGCCUCCUCGAGUUGAUGUGUCAUAACUAGUGAUGCGGCUGUCCUGUAGUAUAUACUCCUAGAUAAUACCUCGAAUUUCAACGACCCAGCUUCCUUCAAGUUAA